UUUAUAACAAUAAAAGGUAUUCACAACAAAGCCGGCCAAAGACGGAGCACACUUCAAAGUCUCUGUUAAAAAAAUCUGCAAUAUUUCAAAAUCAAAAAUAUCUUUAUUCAGUACAUAGGUAACAUAGUUACACUUAGAAUCGUCAAUUUUUACAUAACGAACGUCUCGUCCGCCUAAAACUACUGCAGCUCACAACCUGUAUAGCCGGGGAAAAGAAGCUGCAAGAAAAACCUCUAGGCCCUAGACGUUCUUUAAAAAAAAAAUAAACAUAAAAUAUUGAUAUACAAUUGAGUAAUUUAGCUGCCUAAUAUCAAUAUUUGUUUUAAAAAUAAACUUAUUUUAGUUUUAAAAUGAGUAAGUUAGUAAUGAUUAUUAAAAUCGGUGCCUUGUUAGUAUUAUUACAUGGAUUAUCUGUGUUGGGUGACCUGUGCAAGGAGAAGACAGGAGUGGCUAGUAUUUGCGUGCACAUAAAAAAAUGUCAACCAUCCAUAGAUGAUCUGCAGAAACACAUCAGCCCUAAGCUGUGCGGUUUCGAGGGCACCGCCCCUAUGGUAUGUUGUGUGGGGUCACCAGCCACAGCUAACCAUACCAGUUUGACCACAUCAGAAAGCCACUCUUCCAUAGCAAAGCCAGUGACUGGUGAUGGCGGUCAGCCACUCCCGUCAGGAGUGACUGCAAAGAAGACUGGACGAAAGGCUUGGGACAAAUGCAUCAAGUACCAAACCAGCCUUCUGGCUUCAGAACCUCCUGUUAGGAUGGACCUUUGUGGACGGAGACAAGACAUGCUCAUCCCAACUUCAAACGGAUCUGCCACUCCUGGGGAGUAUCCAAAUUUGGUGUUGCUUGGUGUCGGCGAGACGGCGGAGUCAGCUCAGUGGAUCUGCGGCGGUUCCAUCAUCAGCGAAAACUUCGUGCUCACUUCUGGCUCUUGCACUGGGUCACAGGAGACGGGCCAAGUAACCUUCGUCCGUCUAGGAGUCCAGAACAGGUCAGAAGUCGUAGACGUCACCCGGACAUAUAGAGUCAAACGAAUCAUUAACCAUCCAGAGAACAAACCACCACAUUUGCACAACGAUAUUGCCUUAGUGGAGACUGAGCAUCCGUUUAAGCUGGACAGUUCCACUGUACCAGCCUGCCUGCAUGUUGAAGAGGAGGUGAAGGAUGAAGCUGUUGUCGUUGGAUGGGUCGGGAAGGGCUUCGAAAACGAAGGUUUAAUGCAAAAAACGACAUUGAAGAAACAGACCGAUUCAUACUGUUCGUCACAUUUCUACGAGGAGGAAGGACAUCGGAUCAAAGUCCACCAGUACAAUCCACAAACCCAACUCUGCUACAUCCAUCAUGCUAAGAAUUUUUGCCGGAUCAAUGAUGGAGGCCCUUUGAUGAUCGACAACGAUCGGUACAAGUGCAUGUAUGACGUCGUCGGUGUGACUGCGUUUGCGCAGAGCUGUGGUGUCGACGAUAAACUUGUUUAUUACACCAAAGUCUCUGGAUUUGUGCCUUGGAUCGAGUCAGUCGUGUGGCCCGAAAAUUCAUAGGGCGCAUACAUACUAAUAUUAUAAAUGGUAAAGUGUGUUUGUGUCUGUUUGUUUGUCCGUCUUUCACGACAAAACGGAGCGACGAGUUGUGGUGAUUUUAUGAAUGGAGAUAGUUGAAAGGAUGGAGAGUGACAUAGGCUACUUUUUAUCUCUUUCUAGCCCCCCACUUCCCUAAAUAGCAGGGUGGAAGUGUGUAUGGAGCAACCCGCAAUUAAAUUUUUUGUUAGUCACAAAUAGACUACAUAAAAAUUUUCAGUAUUCUACCUCGAAAACAGACACACACACACAUUCCCAUUUAUAAUAUUAGGAUGGAGCAGCUGCAGCUCAGCAAAUGCCGUAGCCUACAGUUCUCUUGCUUCCUCCAUAUUCAUCAGCGGUAAUACGAACUCUAUGUUAUGUACUUCCGUCAAUUUUAAUUAUACCACUGAAAUUCCGAUUUAUAGUCAUAUCAUAGACGAAAAUUUCAUAAAUAAAAUAAAAACAAAAUAAAA